GAGCAAAUGAAAAACCAAACCUUCAUAGAGGAAUUCAUUUUUCUGGGCUUUUCCAACCACCCUGAUCUCCAGGCUCUAUUCUUCUUAGUAUUCCUAGCCAUCUACACUAUUACUCUGGUGGGAAAUAUUUUGAUACUGACCCUGAUAAGAACUGAUUUGACACUUCACACUCCUAUGUACUAUUUCCUGAGCAACCUGUCAUUUGUAGACAUCUGUUACACCUCUGCUACUGUCCCUGUUAUGCUCGCUAACUUCUUCCGACCAAGCAAAACAAUCUCAUAUGCAGGAUGCAUUGCCCAGCUGUUCUUCCUCAUUACUUGUGCAGGAACAGAAUCUGUGCUGUUGGCUGUUAUGGCGUAUGACCGAUACGUGGCCAUCUGUAGCCCCUUGCAUUAUUCUAGCAUCAUGAGUAAAAAGGCUUGCAUGAAAAUGGCAGCAUUCUCCUGGCUGUGUGGCUUAACAAACUCACUGGUGCACACCCUUCUCACAUGUUCCUUGAACAUCUGCAAGUCCAAUGAGUUAAGUCACUUCUUCUGUGAUGUCCCUUUGCUUCUGAAGCUUUCUUGCUCAGACACUUCAGUCAAUGAAGCUGUGCUCCAUGUUGCCAGUGCCUUGAUAGGACUCAGCCCCUGCCUCUUCACAUUGGUCUCCUAUGUCCGCAUCAUCAGUGCUAUCCUGAAGAUCAGCUCUGCCAGGGGCAGAGCUAAAGCAUUCUCCACCUGUACUUCACAUUUGGUUGUUGUAUUCAUAUUCUAUGGAACUGCCAACUUUAAUUAUAACAGGCCCCAUUCAGGGUACUCCCUGGAUAUAGAUACUUUGGUUUCCUCAUUGUAUUGCAUUGUCACACCCAUGUUAAAUCCAAUUAUUUACAGCCUGAGGAAUAAAGAGGUAAAGGCUGGUCUGGUGAGAAUGGGCAAGAAAUAUUUCUCUUUUUCUUCCUAA